CCAGACUACACUUUGUAUCCCAUCUUUUCCUCCUCCCAUUCGAGCAGCUCUUCAAUCCUUUCCUCCAUCCCGAAAAAUCCAACUUUAAACAGCUCUUCAGCAUCUUCAACUCUAUCGCUCUUUAUCUCUCGUCAACUUCCCUUCCUCCUCAAUCCAGAAGCGGAAUUUCGCCAUGUCUACGUUCGCCACCUUUUCUGCUCUUCUCGUCUCCCUCGCUGGUGUCAUGGCCCAGACUACAGGCACAUCGGUCGACAGUAGCAUCUUGACCAAGACUGCUGACUCUACCGGUCCCUCUGGUUUCUCCAUUCCUGCUCUGAGUGAGCUCACAUCUGGUGCUCCCACUGACUCUACCGUGGCCCUCUACUCUACCUUCACGGCCGGUGCCACACCUACCAUUUCUGGUGCCCCUGUCCUCCCUACCAGUGCCCUCACCAUCGCCGAUUAUCCAGCUUUAGAUGUCAUUCCUCCUACCAACUCCUCUUUGGUUCAGGACUGGAUGGCCAAGAUCGACUUGUCCAAGGUGCCCAGUUAUAAUGUGACAACGGGCGAUUGUUCUACUGAUGCGGGUGCUAUCAGCGACGGUCGAUGCUGGUGGACUUGUGGUGGUUGCACUCGGGAAACCGACAUUGUCGAGUGCCCUGACAAGAAUGUUUGGGGUCUCUCUUACGAUGACGGGCCUUCUCCCUUCACCCCUCUCCUAAUUGACUACCUUGAGGAGAAGAACAUCAAGACCACCUUCUUCGUUGUCGGCUCUCGUGUCCUUUCUCGACCCGAGAUGCUCCAAACUGAAUACAUGUCCGGCCACGAGAUCUCUAUCCACACCUGGUCUCACCCCGCACUUACCACUCUUUCCAACGAGGAGAUUGUUGCCGAGCUUGGUUGGACAAUGAAGGUCAUCAAGGACACCCUUGGCGUCACCCCAAACACUUUCCGACCCCCUUACGGUGACAUUGAUGACCGUGUUCGAGCUAUUGCUGCUCAGAUGGGCUUGACCCCUGUUAUCUGGACUUCUUACACUGAUGGCUCAACCACUGUUAACUUUGACACUAACGACUGGCACAUCAGCGGUGGUACCGCCACCGGCGCUUCUUCUUAUGAGACCUUUGAGAAGAUUCUCACCGAAUACGCCCCUCAAUUGGACACUGGUUUCAUCACUCUUGAACACGACAUCUACCAACAGAGUGUCGACCUUGCUGUUGGUUACAUUUUGCCUCAAGUUAUCGCCAACGGUACAUACCAACUCAAAUCCAUCAUCAACUGUUUGGGCAAGGACACUUCCGAAGCCUACAUUGAGACUUCAUCCAACCAGACUACUACUCAGAUUACUGCUGCGACCGGCACUCAGUCUACCUACUUCCAGCCCAUUGUUGGCACUGCUACCGGUGCUGAAGUCUCCGCUCCUUCUGAGGCCACUGGCAGCACUGCCGCUGGCUCUGCUGCUACCACCAGUAGUGGUUCUGCCGCCAGCGCUUCCGCUAGCGCCACCUCUGACUCUUCUUCCAGCGGGUCUGGUCGAUCAGCCACCAUGGGCGGUUCUCUCAUUGCUCUCGCCGCCGUUGCGGUCGGUAUGGUAUAUGUCGCCUAAAUAUUUUCAAGGCUUUCAAUCUAACGAUCGAUGGGGUGGGCGGGGGGGUUGGGGGGGGGAGUGUGUCUUAUGGAACUAUACUUGGGCUAUACUUUGCCUUAAUCCAUAAAGUAUCAACAGCUGAACCAUCUUUCAUUGUGAAUCAUUUGUCUUUUUGACUUUCCAGAGUUUGAUCCGUCAUGAAUAUCAUGGACUUUUUCAAAUCUUAAAUAUUCGUGGUACUUUUCAUUCGAUCAAUCAGAGCGUGCUGUCAUGCAUACCUCGC